AUGACAACAGGAGAGUAUCCACUAAGCAUGUUGUCUUUUGUGGGAAAUCGGUUACCAAAGUUCACUCGAGAGCAAUCCAAGAUACUUACCGGCUCAUUUGAUUUUAUUGGAGUCAAUUACUACACUUCAAAUUAUGCGGCCAAUAUACCACAUUCAAAUAACGUCACAAGCAAAUCUACCUAUUUCAAGGAUACUCAUGUCAACUUAACAACUGAGCGAAAUGGGAUACCAAUUGGACCACGGGCUGCUUCGCCUUGGCUAUUUGUUUAUCCAAGGGGGAUUCAGGAACUACUACUGUACACAAAGACAAAGUCUAACAAUCCUUUGAUAUACAUCAAAGAAAAUGGUAUGGAUGAGUUGAACGAUCCAACACUAUCACUUGAAGAGGCGCUUUCGGAUACUUAUAGAUAUGAUUACUUUUAUCGUCAUCUUUAUUAUAUUUCAUCUGCAAUCAAGCAUGGCGUGAAAGUACAAGGAUAUUUCGCAUGGUCACUUUUAGAUAACUUUGAAUGGAUUGCCGGAUACACCAUGCGUUUUGGAAUUAACUUUGUUGAUUACAAAGAUAAUCUUAAAAGACACCAUAAACUCUCUGCCCAUUGGUUUAGGAAUUUUCUUAAAAAACAUUAGAGUUACAACUUAAUGUCUUGUUGAUCUCCAAUAGUAUGAUAUGAUCUUGAUCAUUAAUCGUAAUACAAAGUGAAAAUUGUAAUAUUGGAUUUGAAUAACAAUUGAGCUCUAGCUAGAA